AUGUCCAUCCCCUACAAUUAUCGGGCCCUCAAGAACACCGAGAUUCGCCUGUUUCGAGUAACAGCAUCAGAAGAUGGUACCAUCAUCGGCCAAAUCGAACACUUCCCGCUCGUCACAGCUCCGGAGUACGCGGCAGUCUCAUACAGAUGGGGUUCGACCGAUCAUAACCGUGAUAUCCUCAUAGACGAUGGGGUGCUCUCUGUCACAUCAAGUUUACAUGACUUUCUCGUCGAGGUGACCCAUCGCCAGACUAGGAACAAAACUGUCUCUUGGCCUCGUGGCUGGUUCUGGAUUGAUGCCAUCUGUAUCGACCAGGCCAAUCUCUCCGAGAGGAACGAGCAAGUGAGACAAAUGAAGGAGAUUUACGAGCAUGCCUCAAACCUGGUGAUCUGGUUGGGAGUCGGUGAGCAAGAAACAGCGGCAACAUUCGACACCCUUCAGCAGAUCGCGUGCUUAGACUGCGAUAACGUACAAUACCUCUAUCAGGAUGAUUCUAGUGACGCUUUCUCCCUCGGAUGCGAGUCUUGCUACGUUCCACUAUCUCGAAAGAUCCUGCAUUACCAAAUCGGCCACGUCUUCGGAUCUCCUUACUGGAAACGCGCCUGGAUCAUCCAAGAAGCAAGUACCCCAAAACCUCCAGCCAACGCUAUUAUAUGCUCCGGCCCAAACACUAUAUCUUGGCAGUCAUUCUUCAAAGCGCACAGAAACCUUUUCGAAGCCCGUCCGCAGGAAGACCUCUUGGGUCUGAUGUAUGAGAUUUCCGUCGACGCGGGGACGAUUCCAGUGGUGUUGGACACAAAUAAACGGAGGUUUGAGAAUGGAACUCACCCGUUGUAUGACCUACUGGUCAACACCAGAGACUCUGAAGCCACGGACUCGAGAGAUAAAGUGUACUCGAUUCUUGCUUUGAGCAACGAGCGGCAUGAGGCGGCUAUACAGCCUGACUACUCGCAGAGUGUAGAGGAGGUUUACACCCGGCUUGCGAAGACACUGAUUAUGACGAGCAGAUCCAUGGACGCGCUGGGACUUGCUGGAGGGGCAAGGAAGUACGAUGUUCCGUCUUGGGUGGCAGACUGGAGCGUGCGAUAUGAAUGGGUUCCAGAUCCGUUUCCCACAUUCCUGGCUGGGGAGGUAUGGGAAGAUGGUGCGCGAAUUCGGUUGUUCAAUGCAGAUGGUGAUCGGCCUAUGGAGGUCGAAUUCGAAGACAACGGACGUUGUCUUGUUGCUAGGGGAUUUCAAUGCGAUACCAUAACCAACAUCAGUUCCCCUCGAAUCCGCCCCAGAUCCCACGAAACAACAGAUCACGAACGGGACUGGCGAAGCUGGCACCAUUUUGCCAUAUCCAACUCAGCAAGCUUAGAGACUCUUACCAAGCUCCUCACAGCAAACAUCUCCCAGCGGUACCGCGACAUGUCAGCCGACCUGGGCGGCCACAUCCCAAACUUCACACACGAGACCUCGAACGUCUUCGCAUUGGACCAUUUGCAAGUCAACAGCGUGACCUAUGGACGGACUCUCUUCCUCACGGAGAAUGGGCGCCUGGGAAUCGGACCUAUGGAGACGGAGGCGGGAGAUGUUGGGUGUGUUCUGUUUGGAAAGCAGACGCCUGUGAUUAUGAGAAGGAAAGGCGACUGCUGGACGUUCAAGGGCGAAGCCUAUAUUGAGGGCAUUAUGGAAGGGCAGGCGGAAGAGGCAGGAAGAGAAGAGGACAAAAAAUUUCGCAUAACCUAG